GCCAAAAUCCCAGAAAUCCACAGCUGCACCGAUUUGAUUUACCUGUAGGCAGAAUUUCCUCACUUUCAUUUGGUUUUCCGGGCAAAAGGCGAUAUUUUCCGGUUACAAUGGAUUCCCUGAAGGACAUGCUGAAGGCGUACGAGGCGUGGGUGGCUAGAAACCCGGAUGUGGUGGGAGAUUUCGAGACCACCGCCAAGUGGGUCUCCUACUUUAUAGCAGGUCGCAUAUCCUCAUCGAAUGUGCUUAGUGAGCUGGUUUACACCCUGUCCAACAUGCUGGUGUUCUAUAACGAUCGGAUCAUCGAACGGGCACGGAAUGCCAGGGAGAAUUCGGUGAUCCAGCUGCAAUCGAAACUUUGCUACCGUCUAAAGGUCACGCUGACGACACUCGAAUACAGCGAGGUUUUCAUCGAGAUAUCAGCCCGCCGGCUUUUCGGUCAAUCCGGCAAAUGGCUGGUGAUAGCGCUAAUACAGGCCUUCAAGGCGGCCGGCCGAUUCUUUAUCUUGAAGCACUCCACCUCGGAUAUAAUCACCUCGCCGCCCAUCGCCUCUUUAAAUCGCAGGGCUUUGGGCAAGCAGCGCAAGUCGUCGGCGGAUGAGCAAUCCUCCAGUGAUCUGCUUCAGCAGUCCCAGCACUCCAUUACCUUCCAACUCAAGCGAUCCGGUCGUGUAAUUCGCAAGGUGGAGGGUGCUCCGCCGCUGCAAUAUCGCGACCUUAAACUGCAUAUCGACCAUAAUGAGGCGGCAAAGACGCAGAUCCCGCGGAAACUGCUGCAAGCCGAGUACCUGUACAUCUCCAAGCCCCUUAUCCACUUGGCCGCCAUGGGUUUGUUCGGCCAGAGGAGCUGGAAACAGUAUGCGGUGGCCCUGUCCAUCGAUCUGUACAGCAUCCAUCUGUAUCGUCAGCAUCGCGACCUCAUGUCCAAGCAACAGAAACUGGAGUUGAGCCGGCGAUGCAUCAACAUCCUGUACUUCCUCGUCCGAUCGCCGUUUUACGAUAGCUUCACCAAAACGAGACUGGAGCGCAUCCUAGAUUUUGUGGCCAGCAGUGUGCCAAUUGCAAAGAUGGUGGCCGCACCCCUGAAAGACUACAUUCCCACGUGGCAAAGCACUUACUUCUAUCUGUGGUCCACUUAGGCAGUCCACCGAUGGAGCUAAAGUAUUUCCCCUAGGCUAAGUUUUAAAGUUACAGGUGUGGAUGCAUGGCGAGUGAACAGAGGGUGGGCCCAUUUUUGGUAACUACAACGUUUUAGGAGCGAAAAUUAAUAGAAUGUUGAGAAAAUGGCCAAAAUAAAAUAUUUUUCUUAA